UACAACAGCUUAGGCAAUCCUCUUCUGUUUUUUGCAAUGAGUCAAUUAAAUGCGUUUGCUUCUCCAAUAACUAAUAAGCUAGUUCUAAGCUAUUGUGCCAGUUGUCAGUUGCAAGUGUGUGGCCUUUGUCAAAUAUAUGCUCACUGAGUGCCAUCACCACAUAUCCGUGAACAGGACAUAGCUUAAAUAGCUUCAUGCCAUAUUGUGUUUCUUACUUUUAUUGUACCUACUACCUGAAUUUAAUUCGACCUCUGUAAGGCACUUGGCUUUCGUCAACACAAAUAUCUUCUCUUUUCAUUGAGAGCAUCGAUUAUUGGUCUUAUUUUUACAAUACAUUCGUUUCUGACAGCAGUUACAUUGUCGUUAAAGUAUGUUUAGAAAUCAGAAAAUCACAAAUAGAAACAGGAACAAACAGUUUCAAAGUACCUAAAUUGUAUUUAAGUACCAGACAUGUAAAAUAAAACUAGGAAACGAAGUAGAUAAGUCCUUUUUUUUAUUUUUUUUAUGCUUGUGCUUGUUAUAAUAAACUUGAGCUGCCGUUUUGUAAUAAUCACCUUCAUUUUCGUCAUAGGUCACUUUUCCAUCGAGAAUCCGGUUUAUUGACCUGCACCAACUAUAAAUCAAAAUCUUUAUGUCCAUAAACUGUUCUUUCAAUUCAUUUUUGUGUUGAUCACAAUUAAAUGAAAGAUCAAUUAAAACGUCAGCCAAAAUAACCACUGAAGCCUUGAGGUUCUUUUUUGGGACAUUUUUUUUCAAUACCCCAGUGGCUAUGCUUUGAAGUUCUUGGAAGCAAAUUUCUACUUCUUUGCUGGGAUAUGUGAGCCAAUUUUUAUUUUGAUAUUCUUUGGCCCGAAUAAAGGCGUUGUUGUCAUUUUCACAUGUUUCAUUAACAGUUUCUAAAUUUUGCAUCAGAAUUUCACUGUGGCAUGGAAUUUCUGUUUCUGGUUCAUCAGAUAGUGGCUUUUCAGCGUUCUGGGGAUUUAGGAAAAAUUUAAAGUCCUCUAAACAUUCGAUUUCAUCAGCUUCGCAGUUUGCCCGAAGGGAGUGCUGAGUGUUAAAGUUUUUCAACAGUAACGCCUUGUAUGCGCUUUCAAACCCUACAGUGUUAGGGGCAAUAUUUCUCACUCCGUAACUCCUAAUGUUCCCGAAGAAAUUCUCAACUGGGUCUUGGUUUAAGUUUCUUGUUAAUAAUGCAUCUAAGCCGUAUUUUUUUGUGAAGACUAUUUCUUCCAUGCCUUCAAUGGUCUUUAUUAGGUUAGUUACUGACGGAAUAGUGACUUCAGUAAACCUGAUUUUGUUGGAAACUGUUAACUCAAAAAUUUUACAGUUUUUAAAACGUUUCGUGUCUCCCUCCACAGUUGAAAAUGGGGUGAAUUUCUUUUUACUGCACCUUUAUACUUUUUGCCAUUUGGCACGUGAAAAGAGCUUACAUUUAAGCUGUCAAAAAUAUUAUCUAAUAGAAAUGUAAUGUCUAUUAAAUUUUAGCAUUCUUCCGGCACAUCACCCCUGGUAGUGAGAUAGUUCAUAGUUUAGUGAACAAAGCCACUUUUUAAUUAUUAUUUUAAUUUCGUUUAAAAUAGAGACAUAUCGCAACUUUCUAGAUAUCCAUAUUAGUUUUCUAGUCCGAUCGUAAACUUAAGCCGCAUUUAUAUUUAUCUGACGUGUUGUGUUGUGAUGCUCUCUGUCGUGAUGGCUACUGUUCACAUUGAUAUGACGUGUUAUGAUGCAUUAUGACGGUUUUUUGUAUCAGUUCCGUCUUGACUCCCAGAGAGUUCACACAUUUGCAAUGUUUUUUCAAGAAUCAUCCGAUUCAGAUUCAGAUUUUGAAGAAGAGUUGGAAUUAUUGGCGUUGGCAACGCUUCUAACUAAACAAAGAAAAAGAAGAAGAUAUUGGAUACAUCCCGUAAAUAGAAAAAGAGAGAACAGAGGCGAGUUUCAUUGUCUCGUUAAAGAGCUUGAGAGUGAUGCAGAAAAAUUUCAUCAGUAUUUUAGAAUGUCUAAGGCACAGUUUGAGGAAAUUCAUCGUUUGAUUGAAGAAGACAUCAAAAAAAUACGGACAAAAUUUCGUAAACCUAUUGGAACAAAAGAAAGACUUGCAGUAUGUUUAAGAUUUUUGGCAACUGGAAACUCCUAUCGGUCGUUGGCGUUCAGUUAUCGCAUGGGUUUUUCUACAGUUAAAAUCAUAGUCGAAGAAGUAUGUACUGCAAUAUGGAAGAAUUUGGCACCUAUUGUAAUGCCCAAACCUACUGAACAAACAUGGAGAGAGAUUGAAAAAGGUUUUGAAAAGAUAUGGCAUUUCCCAAAUUGUCUCGGAUCACUGGACGGAAAGCACAUUAAUUUAAUAUGUCCAAUAAAUGCCGGCUCAACUUAUUUUAAUUACAAAAAUGAGCAUUCGAUUGUGUUGCUAGGACUUGUUGACGCCCAUUACAGAUUUAUUAUAGUAGAUGUAGGGGCAUAUGGGAGAAAUAGUGAUGGUGGUAUAUACCAAGAGUCAUUAAUGGGGAAAAUGUUUGAAAAUUGUCAGUUAAAUGUGCCACCGAAUAAACCAUUAAGCCAAAAUACUGAACCUUUACCUUACACUAUUGUGGCAGAUGCGGCAUUUCCAUUAAAAACCUAUUUAUUAAAACCAUACAGUAAAGUAAAAUUAGUUAACAAUGAUGCAAACAAAAAUUUUAAUUAUCGUUUAUCUCGUGCUCGCCGCACUGUAGAAAAUGCAUUCGGUAUAUUGCGAGCGAGAUUUAGAGUGUUUCAAGAACCUUUACAAGUACAGCCGAACAUGGCGGACAAGAUUGUACUUGCUGCUUGCUGCCUCCAUAACCUUUUAACUCAAAAUACACAAGAAACUGAAGAAAUAUUGACGGACGAAAUUCAGGUUCACAACAGUGGCUUUGUAGACAUUGGCCCUUUACAUAGAAAUCCAUCACAAGAAGCUACUCAAGUUCGCGAAGCGUUUAAAAACUAUUUUGUAAGUUCAGAAGGGCAAGUUCCAUGGCAAAUUCAAGCUAUUAGACAAAGUAGAACUCGGUAUAAUUAAAUAAAAGCACUUUACUUA